AUGUCAGUGCAAAGUCAGGAGGAGUCAUGCUGGGCGCCCAGACUGGAUGGUGGUUAUGUUGUCCCUGCACAACAGAGCUACACUCAUGGAUCCAGCAUCACUUAUGCCUGUGAUAAUGGACGUAAACCAGCAGUGGAGAGCUGGUGGGCAACAAGCAGCUGUCAGAAUGGAGAGUGGCAGCCUGCACCACAAUGUAUAGAUGAAAAAUCCUGCCUCCCACCAGUUAUCCACAACGCACAAUACACAGAAAACCCUCACGGCUGGUACUCAGACUCAGAGAAAAUUAGGAUUACAUGUAACAGUGGAUAUGAAUUUAAAAACCAGGACACCACAGCUGUAUGUAAAAAUGGAACCUGGACGUCAGUGCCAACCUGUGAUAAGAGCAACAAAGCAUGUGAUGCCCCUCCUAAAAUCCCACAUGCAGUCAUCAUUAAUCAAGAAUACCACGACCUGUUUCCUGAAGAUUCAAUCGUAACCUAUCAGUGUGAAGAUGGGUUUACUGUAGGAGGAGACGCAACAGAACAACUCCUGUACUGCAUAGUUGGAAACUGGACCCAAACCCAGCCAUGCAUGGGAGGAGCCAGGCCUGGUGUUGGACAUGGUGGGGGUGCAUCUGGAGGUGGGGGGGCAGGUAACACAGGUGGGGGCCACAGUGGAGUGUCUGCUGGCAGAGACACACAACCUGCAGGUGGAGGUGGAGGACCUCCUGGUGACUCUGGUUUAGGUUCCAGUGUGGAUGGACCCCCUCUCUCACAAAUCAGCAGAUGUGGUGAAUUCCCCAUUCUGACAAAUGGGGCUGUUGCUAGAACUGAAAUUUGGUCUUUGACGUACGAGUGCAGUGACUUUUAUAAACUGGAGGGUCCAGCACAAGUGAUGUGUUACAGCAGUGGAUCUUGGUCUGAACUACCCACCUGCAAAGUAAACUUCUGUACUGUGGACACUGCUGACUAUGCUGAUUUACUACAACUGGGUCAACUCAAAUAUAUAAAGGAGAGAGAGACUCAGAAUUUAGAUUGUAGAGCACAGGACUACUGGAGCCGCCAACUCCGUGCUGUCUUUUCCUGCCGUAAUGGAAGAAUAUCCCGUACAGAGUGUUGUCGUGAGGACUUUAUCAAUUAUUAUUCACAUUGUACGCUGUAAUGCGGAUGGGAAGAAGCUGCUGCUCUCUGUUUCUCUCAACACCGACGAGAAGAAAUCACCAGCGUGUGAAGCCUAAAAACCCACCAAGUCUUGAUGCUGUCAUGUUGUUGACCGUGCUGCUGAUUGUUUUUGAGUAGUUUCUUUUUCCCCCAUUUGUUUCUAAAUGACCUGUCUGUGAUUUACGGUGGAUAAGGAUGUUGUUAAGUAAGAGGCCAUGCUUACAACCAUGUGGAAGAACUGAGGAAACAGCAGAAUGUUCCUCCAUGCAGUUUGUAUCUUCAAACCCUGAGCUGAAAUGUCGCUGGUAAAGAUGUGAAUGAAUGAGACUGAAUGAAUAUGGUGUAUUUUCAAUGAACAGGCCUGAAUAAAAUGUUUUUGUGACUGUCCUCCAAUAUGGAUGGCUCUCAAUGGGCACCUGCUAAUUUAAUAUCUGUGAAAAAGAAAAAGUCCACAUCAACAGAUCAAUAGAUCAAUCGAUAGAGCGAACCAAGUAAAAUUCAUGUUUUUUAAAACUGUGCCUUUUCUUUCCACAUUUGGACAUUGCAAAUUUGAAAGGAGACUGGCCAUCAAUUGUGUUAUAAUUAAUAUUAUAAAACACUGCUACUGACGCAAAACUAAAAUUCAUCA